GCACUUGGCGAACUGCAGUUUGUUCCGCAGCAUCGUUCCCAUCGCAUCGCAUCGCGCGCUACAACCGAGACGACCGUAGCUGGCCACGGACGAGCGUCGGGAACACAUACAACACUCCUGUGCUGUCCGCCGUCGACUUCGAAAGGCACCCAAACCGCGCUCGCUCUUUCUCUGUGUGUGAAGCGCAGCAGAAGCGUGCAGUCGACAUUCGAGCAUCCGUUCGGGCAGUGCGUGUGGUACGUGCGGCAGUGCAGUGGGCCGCCGGUAAAAGUGUACAUCGUUGCUAUGUCGACGAUCGCCUACUAAGGAAAUUGCGUCCAAUGUCCCAGUGUCAGUAACGCGCGUGUCGGAGAAGCAAACAGCCACGGCGAACGCAACGGAAAAGAAAACGUUUGUAAACGCGCUAGUUGAAGCGAACGAGAACUUUAGUGUGUUGGACAGGAUUUCUCUGCUAAAACCCGGAAACUUUACGUUCGGAUCGGUGAGCUGUGCCGUGUGUGAGAAGAUAGCCUUAGCGGUGACGGCUUGGCUGAGAAAGGGGCCGCCCAAUAAUCCUGAACGGCCGUGCGUAAAUAGAGAUUGCCGUGCGCGUGUGGUUAAAUCAGCUCCCAAUAAAACUCGUUGACGGCGCUUGACAAAAUACAGCCGCCCAAUCGGUAGCAGCGGCCCAGUCAGUAUCGGACUGCAAAAAAAAAAACUGCCAGUUUUGAUAGUGUGAGGAAGAGUGCGGCCAACGCGCACACGUGUAGUUUACGCCAGCUGAUAACGCUUUCGGCGGCAGCCUCCAAACGCACAACUCGCAGGCGGUACGCGACACAGUUCCAAGUCAAAAAGCGUGAAAAAACGCCUGCAUCCCCAACAAACACACAUACACGCAUGCGGCCGAUAGAAAAGUAAAUAUUCACCACCGCUUGGGGAAAUUGCGAUAAGUGAAGGGCGGUGAAGACACGGCACAGAUAUUCGACUGACCGCAUAUAGAGGCGCGAAAAGUGUAGAAUUAAAUGGGUAGAAAAUAAACACUCCGCGUUGCGUUGUGAUGUGUGAUGUGCGGAUUGGAGCGAGUCACAAUCCUCUGGCCCUGCGCCCGUUGCAGUGAAACCCGCGUGGACGGAAUGCAAUUUUUAUCUAUCUCGUGUGUGUGUUGAAGGGGUUUGUUGAAACUGGAAAAUCAAUUGUGAAGAAAAAAAAUUAUCAGUGAUUGUGAUGGUGUAUUUUUGUUGUCGUUAACAGUGUGCUGGGAAUGAGAUUAAGAUUGUGCGUGUGCGUGUAGUACUUGCCUGGCGAGCAAGAAGAUAUGAGAUACCCGCUCAUUCAGUAACAAAAUUAGUGUGAUCGUGUGUGUUUUAUGUGAUUGUGCAGUGAUGGUUGUCCAAUUAAUGUAAAGAUAGCAGAUUUAAGAAAUUUAUGAAAAGGAGUGCUUCAAAAAUAUAUAUUUGAUCUACCAAACCCUAGCACCAUCGCUUCCUCGACCAACCAAUACCGACAGCCCGAGAACGAUCGUACCCGAGUGGAAAACACAUUGUAUUUUCGCAGCAAAAACAACACAGAAAUCUUUAAAUAUUUUAAGAUAAACUCCAUGUCCCGACAAAUCUGCUUUUUUGCGAUUACAUAGUAAAGAAACACAGUAGCGAGGAGCUUACUUUUGCUCGUGCUCGUACCACCUUUUAAAAAAAACCCGGAGGGACAAUGCCGCAACGCACCACGGCCAACGAUUUGCGCGAGCUCGAUGUAGCGCCGGCAAGUGUAACGUUUGACCAAGCUUCCAGAUGUUGAGAGUCGGAGUCACAAUACGUCCACAACUGUCGGUUCGUCCAAUCUGUACAUUGUGUGGUCGGUGCUUGGUGGGAAUGACAACGGUGUGUCCUCUUCGAAGGUGCUAAAAGGAAGCUCGCUGACGAGGCGGUAGGGUGUGAGAGUUUGGCCAGUUUGUUGUUGCGCUUGUGUGGGGUGCAGCAGGGAAAGCAUUAGUCGAGAGGUAGAGACACACAAGCUACUUGGGACCGUGAAAUACGCCGCGCGAAACAGUAAUAACAUAACGUACCGUAAGCCGAAGCGAUCGAAUCGUGUAAUCGCAGCGGUGUCGUGUUUUUUCCUCCUAUAUCGAGAGGCCAACCGAUACAUCCAGGUGCAUUCGGCGGCAUAGAUAACCCAGCAUUAAGAGUCGGAAUUGGCUCUCGAACGCAACAGUUUGAUUGAUAUAUAGGCAAGGCGUAGUCAGAGAGGUGCUGUGAACGAGAAGAAAGUAAGGCUAGCAGGAGAAGCGCAAGUUGAGGAGGGGUGUCGCAGGGUUGACGUAGACGUAGAGCUUGUUUGGAAGGCAUACGCGGAACCACACGGGCGUGUGGUGCAUCUUGAAUGGUGUCACAGGACCGCUGGACGGAAGCAAUGUCCGACUCCGGGUACGAUUCGCGCACGGACGGCAACGGUGCGGCCAGCUCGUGCAACAACUCGCUGAACCCGCGGACGCCGCCGAACUGCGCCCGUUGCCGCAACCACGGGCUGAAGAUCGGGCUGAAGGGCCACAAGCGGUACUGCAAGUAUCGCGCCUGCCAGUGCGAGAAGUGCUGCCUGACGGCCGAGCGGCAGCGCGUGAUGGCCCUGCAGACGGCGCUGCGGCGCGCCCAGACCCAGGACGAGCAGCGGGCACUGAACGAGGGCGAGGUACCUCCCGAGCCGGUAGCUAACAUUCACAUACCAAAGCUAUCAGAGCUGAAAGACCUGAAGCAUAAUAUGAUUCAUAAUUCUCAGCCGAGAUCGUUCGAUUGCGACUCCUCCACCGGAUCGAUGGCGUCCGCACCGGGGACCUCCAGCGUGCCACUGACGAUACACCGACGGUCGCCGGGCGUACCGCACCACGUGCCCGAGCCGCAGCAUAUGGGAGCUACUCACUCGUGCGUUUCACCAGAACCUGUAAAUCUCCUACCUGACGACGAGCUAGUGAAGCGAGCCCAAUGGCUGUUGGAGAAACUCGGCUACCCGUGGGAGAUGAUGCCCUUGAUGUACGUCAUACUGAAGAGCGCCGAUGGCGAUGUACAAAAAGCACACCAGCGGAUCGACGAAGGUAAACGACACAUUAAGACCUACGAAGCGCUGGUGAAGUCAUCGCUCGAUCCGAACAGCGACCGGCUGACGGAGGACGACGACGAGGACGAGAACAUCUCGGUGACCCGCACCAACUCCACUAUUCGGUCGAGGUCCAGCUCGCUGUCGCGGUCCCGGUCCUGCUCGCGCCAGGCCGAAACUCCCCGGGCCGACGAUCGGGCCCUGAACCUUGACACCAAAUUCAAACCAUCCGCCAGCAGCAGCAGCACCGGCUGCGAUCGGGACGACGGUGACUGCAGCGCGUUCGACGACAGUGCCUCGGUGGUGCGGGGGCACGGGCGGACGGCCCAGAGCACCGGUAGCAGGGGCCGCAGCCACUCGAAACGGUACCACACCCUCCCGGCCGAGCACAUCGGGAGCCACAUGGCGGCCGCCCAGAGUCGAUCGCCCGCCCCGGACGACGAGCCGGUGGUGUCGGUGUCCGUGUACGAGAGCUUGGUCGAAGCGGCCAGCAAAAAGACGCGCACCUUCAGCCCGCCCCGGGGGGAGGCGGAAGAUUUGCAUGCCGCACGGAAAGCAUCACCCCACGACGAGCGGGACGAGCCGACCCCGGCCCAGCCCUACGAAGCGUACCUGGAGUCGGUGCGGCGGAGUAAAAAGUGCUUCGCGCUCAAGGACAGCGAGGCGUCGGGCGAGGAGCCGACGGGCUACGAGAAGGAGAAGGAGCCGCGCAUUCCGUACUCGCUGCCGAAGAGCACCUUCGAGCGGCUCGAUCUGCUGAAGAAACCGAACGGGCUGACGUUUCCGAUGUACAAGUACAGCGGGAUCGAGCCGAACAACUUUGCCCUGCCGCUGCUGCUGCCCGGGCUGGAGGCGGUCAACCGGACGCUCUACUCGACGCCCUUCCCGGCCCAGCUCCUGCCGUCCAGUCUGUAUCCGUCCGUUAGCAGCGAGUCCACGACAGUGCCCAUGUUCCACACGCACUUUCUCGGGUACCAGCCGCCGCUGCAGCUGCCCCACGUCGAGCACUUCUAUCGGAAGGAGCAGCAGCAGCAGCAGCAGCAGCAGCAGCAGCAGGGAUUGGCCGAACCAAAGGAACCGACGUCGUCGUCUUCGCCGGGCAGCAACCGGCUUACGCCACCGAAGGGUGCAUUUUUCUACGCGAGUGCGGUGGAAAAUUCGCUCACCGCCCAGCAGGCUUCCAUUGCUACCAUCCAUUAGAUCCACACUGCGUCCACUCGCUGUUUGCUGCAGCGUACCGCGGACAGUGCAGUGUACCGCUGUACAAAAAGAUCGAUUGGAAUUUCACAUCAAUCAUCUGCAAGCCCGAAAGAUGCUACCUAGUCGUCCCCAGCUGUUGCUACUGGAGCUUUGCAAGAGAUCCAGCUUUCGUUCCUUAUCGAUGCGCACAAAAGGCGCACCCGGAAACAAAACAAAAAUCCAACCCACUCGUCAACGGCGGGUUGCACUGGAGAAACUCCCACCCUCGUAAGUGCUAUCUAAGCGUUAAAUUACCUUCGCCCUUUGCGGUAGAACAAACUAGAAGCAAAUGAAACAACAAAAUCAUUGCCGGAGGCGCAAGUGAACAGCGGGAAGGGAAAGAAACCCCUGUCGAACAGAAAACAUGAUUAUUGAUAUUUUUCGAUCGUGCAACGAAGGUCUACACUGUGAUACAAAAUGUUGUGUACAGGAUAAAUAUUAGAUUUUUUUGUUUGGAAAACAAAAACACAGCUAAACGGUAGGAACAAAACAAGGCAAACCGAACAAAACGAAACAGUACGCACACGGCUCGUUGUAUGUCAAAUCAAUCAAUGUGAGCGUGUAUGUGUGUGUGAUCGUAUGUGAUUAUGUGUGUGGCGAACGGUUUCCCAUUUUCUGUGAGUAACGCCCCGUUACGAUCAUUGCUGUUGGAAAAAAAGCUAAAACCAAACCUUCAUCGAAACGAAUGGCGCGCGUUCUUUACUUGGCGCCCAAUUUCCCACCAAAAUUCGAACCUGUUUUUAAUAGUGUAAAACGUAAUGAAAAUAGUAAACGGGUGUGUGUUGUGUGUAGCAUGGUUCGAUCACUUGGAACCAAAAUCUCAAAAAAAAAGCAAACAGAAACUCAUUGGCAGAAAGGCAGACACACCGGAAUUGCGAAGUUGGGAAAGCAGAUCACCUUCUUGUUAUGUCUGCGUUUUUCUCUCGUGUGCGAAUGGAAGGCAGGAAAUUCAGAUGUUCAUCUCCCAUGGAAGAUGACGGAAAGAGAUUAAGAAAUUCGAAGGCAAAUCUGUUACAACGGCGAGCGAUUGUGUUAUGGCUAGUAAAAAAUUGAAUUGUGAUACGUGCGCAGUACUGCAUAUUUGUUCAAUUUGUAGCUUGUAGUAGAUCGCCGUGCUCGUGUCCCGUGAUCCGGGGGCGGGAUGAUAGACCCCGCCACUUGGAGCGAUAUCCCAUGUUGCUGUACUCUCGUUUCGGUGCCUUUUUUUCUUGCUCUUUCGUUUUACAAAAAAAGUAAUUAUAUUGCUUUUGUUUUAUGUGCGCACCCGCACACACAGCUGCACACGAUCGUACAAGUUAACGAAUGGUUUAGUUUGCGCUAAGUUUGAUUGGUUCUAGUUCGCUAAGUUAGUCUGUAGAGAGAUUCGUUUAUCGUUAUGUUCAGCAGCAGUGUCAGGAACGAGAUUGGAAGAUAAUUACAGGGGCAGGGCAGAUGAGCAAAGGGGGUACGGUUAGGGGUUGGAAGUCAAAAUGCUUUAGCCAUCCUGCAGUCGAAUUUAAACAUUAAAAAACAGGUCCACCUUUACGAAACAAAUAAACCCCCAAGGAGUUCCUGCGCCCGGCCCCUCGAAUGUGCACGAAAUGGAAAAGGUGUUGUACAGGCAGAAGACAGUUGUAGAAGCAAGGGUGUAAUGUUCCAAUUGAAAAGCGAAGAGAAAACCUAAUGUAACUACAAGGCAGAUAUACAGCUGAGAGCUAUAUUUUACGCAGCGAAAUACAAUGUAAUCCCAUUUUCUCCACUCAUCAAACCUUCAUUAGUCCUUCACAUUUCACACACUGUUGCAAGCUGUACUAUAAUGUAGAAAAAGUAGAACAAGCAAACCAUUUGAUGCAUGUUCGUCAUCCAGCUUGAAAACAAAUAGAUCAAAUUACAUAGAACUGGCAAUGUCUAUUGAUACGCUGUUCGAGAGACUUUUUUUAACACAACCGUAACAUCAGUGGUGCCGCGUGAAUGUAUGUUUAUUUCUGAGUAUAAAGAAAAAACAACAAUGUGCAUAUAUACUGGUGUGCAGUCAGCUCUUUCUGAGAGAAUAAAAACCUUAACAUUUCGCUUUGCACAAACCAUGUCUUGUAAAAUAUUACUCCAACAAGAAGGACAGUCAAAGAAAGAAACAAGAAACAAAACGUUAAACUUAAAUCAAAAGCUAGAAAUGCACGUGUACCAUACAUAAUUAUCUCAACAAAGGGGAGAACAAAAAACAGUUACAGCCAACAGAAAACAGUUACAGCAAAGGUGUACAUAGCAUAGAGUCACAACACGAUAUGUACAUUUUACCCGGUUCAAUAUCAAAAUAAAAUGAAAAAACGUCCCGUCCGCUGAUGACGGAGUAAUGAGACGAGGCGUGUAAAUGCAAAUGCAACAGCAACAGUUAAGAAUCAAAAUAACAAAAAAA